AUGGCCGCCGCUCCGCUCGCUGCUUUUCUACGGACACGGAAGAACCUGGCCGCACAUGGCGCGCAGUACUGGGUGACGGGCAAUGAAGCGGGGGACCUAGACAGCCUUGCGUGUGCGAUCGGCUAUGCCUUUUUCUCGCAGUACGUCAACCCCAGCGGAUCUCAGUGGAUCCCCGUCGUGCAGACGCGGCGCCCGGACCUGAAGCUCCGGCCAGAGAAUCUCCUGAUGCUCGACAAGAUCGGCGUGGACCCCGAACUGCUCGUGUGCCUGGACGAGGUGCCAGAGCUCGGAAAGGACGAGCACGUCGCGCUCGUCGAUCACAACAAGGCCACCGGCGUGUUUGCCAAGGCGACGACCGAUGCGAUCAUCGACCACCAUGCCGACGAGAAGCUGCAUACCGAGGCGGAUGUGCGCGUGAUCCUUGCGCCGCAGAACGCAGGGUCGUGCGCGAGCGUGCUCACGCAGUACUUCCAGCCGCUGCUGCCCAAGUCGCCGGCCGUGCCGCCGGCUGUCGCCGACCUGCUCUUGAGCGCGAUCCUCAUCGACACGCACAACAUGUCGGAGAGCGCAGGCAAAGCCAAGGCGGUCGACGAAGGUGCACGCGCGUUCCUCGCCCCUCGGUCGUCGUACAACAGCGCCGAGGCACAAAAGAGCUUGUACGAGGCGCUGAGCGACGCCAAGUCGGACGUCUCGCAGCUCACGACCGAGCAAAAGCUGCGCCGCGACUACAAGUUCUUUGCCUGUGCGGCCAAAGACGGUGGCGAGUGGAAUAUCGGCACAUCGAGCACCGUCGAACCGAUCGAUGCGCUCCUCAAGGACGGCCCCAAGGCGUUGCACAACGACCUCGCCGCUUUCUGCGCGAGCAAAAGCCUGGACCUCGCCGUGGUCCUGGCGGGCUACACCGAUAGCCAGGAGGAGGCGCACCGCGAGCUGCUUCUGUAUGCGCCAGGCAGCGGCCGCGCCGUCGCCGAGGCGCUCGCGGCGUACAAAGAGCAGUCGGUCGACCUCGCGCCCUUGUCGCUCGAUCUCGCCGGCCCCUACUGUGCGACCUUCACCCAAAAAGACCCCCGUGUGACGCGCAAGCAGUUUGCUCCGGCGCUGCAGGCAGUGUGUGCCGCAACGCCCAAAUAA